AUGGACGACUUCAUUCGUCGAAAGAAGAGAAGGCUCCUAUCCCCAGAGACCAAUGCGGCAACAAACGAGAUGAGUGGUCUAAGUGCCGGUGACGACGAGUCUACCGACUUCAAGCUAGCAUUGCUAUCAUCGUUGCAUCCUGAUAUUGAACAGCAAGUGCUCUUGGAUGUCCUUUUGGCUAGUGAUGGCUCUGUGGAAGAAGCAUCUGCUUCAUUGACGAUCGAACAUAUCCCUGAAGAGCCUCGGAGAAAAGUGUCUGCUGCCACGGGAUACCAAAGCUCCCUUUCUAGCUUUGUUGCUUCGAAGAAUGCCUCCAAUACACCUACAAAGAAGUUAUUAUCCAAGAAAGGCAAGACUUUGCAUCUAUUCUCCCCAGAGGAUGUGGCUCAGCAUACCCCGUGUUCGAUCAUCCACAAUUUUCUUGAUCCGGAGCAAGCCACGGGUCUAUUAGAAGAGCUUCUCGAUGAAGCCAAAACGUUUGAGAGGGCGACGUUCAAGUUGUUUGAGAAUGUGGUCCAGAGUCCUCAUACCAAUUGCUUCUAUGUCGACGGGAUGGAGGAGAUGCAUCGCCAUCAAGAGUACGUCUACAAUGGCGCGCCUCUGACAGAUGUCCGUCAACUUACGCCAGAAAUGCGGAAAGUGGCGCCCAAGGUCGAGGAAGCGGUGAACAUGGAGAUCGCUGCUCGGAUCAAGAACCAUUACCCCAAUGGCCAGAAGCUCAAGUACCAAUCUCCCCAUCGGUGGAAGCCGAAUGCAGCUUUUGCGAACUGCUACAGUGGCGCUGCUGAGAGUGUUGGCUACCACAGCGAUCAUCUAACGUAUCUUGGACCUCGACCAGUCAUCGGAUCCAUCUCGUUGGGGGUUGCUCGAGAAUUCCGCGUUCGGCGCAUUGUACCUGUAUCCCAAAAUGAGUCUUCAAACUCAAAUUCAGAGAAGUCAGAGACUUCGGAGAGGAAAGGAAAACAGAAACAAGCAUCGGAUUCAGAUGCGGAAGGCCAGAUAGCGAUCCAUCUACCGCACAACUCCCUCUUGGUGAUGCAUGCUGAGAUGCAAGAGGAGUGGAAGCACAGUAUCGCUCCAGCUCAAGCUAUUGAUCCCCAUCCAGUAUCUGGAAACAGACGGAUCAACAUCACAUACCGUCAAUAUAAACCUUCUUUGCACCCUAAGCUCACGCCGAAGUGUAAAUGCGAGAUUCCUACCGUGCUCAGAGUAGUGAACCGCAGAGUAGAAAACUGCGGGAAGUACUACUGGACGUGCCAUGCCGGUUAUAUCCCAGGGAAGGAGGGGUGUGGUUUUUUCGAAUGGGCUUCCUUCGACGAAUCAGACGGUGAGCCAAUUUGGAAGGGGCAAAAGGAUAAGGAUAAGUGA